AUGCCCUCACCUCCUCCCGAAGAUGAUUUUACGCAUCAUAUUGCUAUCACGCUCUCCAGAGCGCUCAAUCUCAUAAAUCCGAACGACCUUCUUGCCCGUCGAGUGCAAGACAUUGCGAAGACCAAUUCCCUUGAGGGGUUUAUUUCUGCUGCGAAGACUUUCGGCAAGUUUAAGGACUCCUUUCUAGCAGAGCUGCAUUCCGAGAUUAUCACGCAUGCUAAGCAGGAUGCAAACGGCCUCGCUCCGCAACCCAUGCAGGGCAUCGUCGUGCACGAUAGCGAAGUCCUUGAGCCGGACCCAGUUCGCCCGGGUGGGUUAAUGCGAAAGGACGCGGUACACACGUUCCGUCAGCCUGCGAAACCGAUACCACCUCCUACACCGAGAGCGUCUGUACUUGGUUUGGACAGGCUUGCGCAGGAGAAGCGUGCUGCCGCUGUGGUGAAUGGCGAGGGGAGUAGGAAGAAACCUCGGCUGGACGAUGGGACAAACCCCGUUUUCAAAGUGCCAAACUUGCCUGCCUCACGGACAGCUAAUAUUCGCCAACGGGGUGAAGAGACACCUUCGCAUCCUGGUGGAUUAUCCGAGACCGCUCGGAGCCGACUAGAAGAGUACAGGCGCAAGAGGGAGCGUGAGGGCAUCACCGCGCAGAACGAGCGCCGUGAAGAUGGCCCACGUGGUUUGGGCGACUUCCAACGCCGCUUGAACCGCGACCGACCCAAUGGCCACCGCAGGCCCUACGAUCGAGAUCGUGACAGGGAUAGACGUGGUUGGGAUGCAACGCCGCGUUCAGAGCGCGGGCGCGCUGAAGAUGCACCCAGUGUCCGUGUGCCCAAUAUUGGCUGGGAUGCAACGCCCCGUCGGCCGUCUUCACCAUCAGCAACUCCUACGCGCAACCGGCGAUGGGACGCUCCGACACCUAGAAGAGGAUCCCCGCGAGACGAAGAGGGUAGCUUAGUAGGUAUGGGUUUGGACGCGCACGAGUGGGAAGAGGAGCAGAUUCGGCUUGACAGGGACUGGUACAUGGGUGCAGAAGAGGGAGGUGGCGCUGGAGAUGAAGAGUUUAAUCCUCUUGCUCAAUACGAAGAUCUUGGUGCAAUUAGGGAGGCGGAAGCGGCCAAGAAGCAAGUUAAGAGGAUCUCCGCGCGGCAAGCGCAAUAUAACGCGGACAAUGACUUGUGGGAAGCUAACCGUAUGCUUACGUCUGGUGUUGCCACACGCAGGACAAUCGAUUUAGAUUUCGAGGACGACUCUGAAUCGACGGUACAUGUAAUCGUACAUGACCUCAAGCCGCCAUUCCUUGAUGGACGCACAGUAUUUACUCGACAGUUGGAGCCCAUCAACCCCGUUCGCGAUCCGACGAGCGACAUGGCAGUGUUUUCGCGGAAAGGGAGUGCGUUGGUAAAAGAAAAGCGUGAGCAGGCCGAGCGCGCGAAAGCGGCAGCAAAACUUGCUGCUCUUGGCGGUACGUCGCUGGGGAACAUCAUGGGCGUACAAGACGAGGAGGCGCAGGCCGAGGCGGAGGCCGAUGCGAAGGCUAAGGACGGCGAGAAGGAAGACUACAAGGGGGAGUCGAAGUUCGCGACGCAUCUCAAGGCUAAUGCUGGGGUCAGUGCCUUCGCACGUUCACGCACUCUAAAGGAACAGCGAGAAUAUUUGCCCGCAUUCGCAUGCCGGGAAGAGCUUAUGAAGGUUAUCCGGGACAACCAAGUGAUUGUCGUCGUCGGUGAAACUGGUUCCGGUAAAACAACUCAGCUUGCGCAAUUCUUGUACGAAGAUGGGUACUGCAAAUAUGGUAUCGUUGGAUGUACUCAGCCUCGGCGUGUCGCGGCCAUGUCUGUUGCUAAACGUGUGAGCGAGGAAAUGGAGUGCAAGUUGGGUGGUACUGUGGGCUAUGCAAUCCGAUUCGAAGAUUGCACUUCCCCCGAAACAAAGAUCAAAUACAUGACUGAUGGUGUACUUUUACGAGAGUCAUUGAACGAAGGCGACUUGGAUCGGUAUAGCGUCAUUAUUUUGGACGAGGCGCACGAACGAUCUUUAAGUACGGACGUACUCAUGGGUCUGCUCCGUAAAAUCUUAUCCCGGAGAAGAGAUCUCAAGCUUAUCGUCACUUCCGCAACAAUGAAUGCGGAGAAGUUCUCCAAUUUUUACGGUAGUGCACCAAAUUUCACGAUUCCCGGGCGUACAUUUCCAGUAGAGAUGUUUCACGCCAAAUCUCCAUGCGAGGACUAUGUGGAUAGCGCAGUGAAGCAAGUGCUGCAGAUUCAUCUCUCGCUGCCUCCUGGGGAUAUUCUCGUAUUUAUGACUGGACAAGAGGACAUCGAAAUUACAUGUCAAGUCGUUCAAGAACGUCUGUCCCAACUAGACGAACCAGCACCACUUGCUAUAUUACCUAUUUACUCUCAGAUGCCGGCAGACCUACAAGCGAAGAUCUUCGAGCCGACUGCAGACGGGCGACGCAAAGUUAUCGUUGCCACUAACAUUGCUGAAACGUCUUUGACUGUGGACGGUAUUCUAUACGUCGUAGACGCAGGUUAUUCCAAGCUGAAAGUGUACAAUCCGAAAGUUGGAAUGGACGCUCUACAGAUUACUCCCAUCAGUCAGGCCAAUGCCAACCAGCGGACUGGACGUGCUGGCCGUACAGGAAGCGGGUUCUGCUAUCGAUUGUAUACCGAGAUGGCGUACCGUAACGAGAUGUUUCCGAACACGAUUCCUGAGAUACAACGAACGAAUCUUGCAAACACUGUAUUACUCCUUAAAUCGCUUGGUGUGAAGAACCUUCUUGAGUUUGACUUUAUGGAUCCGCCACCCCAGGCACGUCAUGGACAUCUUUGGCUCUGGGUGCUCGGUGCCCUCGACAAUGUAGGCGACCUGACGCCGAUUGGGCGCAAGAUGUCGGAAUUCCCGAUGGAGCCCUCUAUGGCGAAGAUGCUUAUUGUCUCUGUCGAGUAUAAAUGCUCCGCAGAGAUGCUCACCAUUGUAUCCAUGCUUUCUGUUCCGAGCGUAUUUUAUCGUCCUAAGGAGCGUAUGGAGGAAGCGGAUGCUGCGAGGGAGAAGUUCAAUGUACCAGAGAGCGAUCAUUUGACGCUAUUGAAUGUUUUCGCGCAGUGGAAGAGCCACGGGUUCCGCGAUGACUGGGCCCUACGUCAUUUCUUGCAUCCCAAGCUGCUCAGGAAAGCACGGGAAGUGCGCGCACAGCUGGAAGAUAUCAUGAAGUUCCAGAAGAUGGAUCUCAUCUCUGCAGGGACUGAUUUCGAUGUCAUAAGAAAAGCAAUUACUGCUGGUUACUUCCAUCAAGCGGCAAGGGUCAAGGGCAUUGGAGAGUUCGUGAACAUCCGGACGGGUCUACCCACGCAUCUUCACCCCACUAGUGCAUUGUACGGUCUUGGUUACACGCCAACCUACGUGAUUUAUCACGAACUCAUCCUCACGUCAAAGGAAUACAUGACCCAGGUUACAUCAGUCGACCCAUACUGGCUUGCUGAACUGGGAUCUGUCUUCUACUCUGUGAAGGAGAAGAACUUUGACGAACGCGGGAACCGUCGUACUGCGGAUAAGGAGUUCUCCAAGAAGGCUGAGCUUGAGACUGAGAUGGCUAAGCAGCGCGAAGAGACAGCAAAGAAACAAGAAGAAGAGGCUCUCGCGGUGAAGAUUGCCAGCGGGUCAAGUUCGAAGAUCAUCGUCCCCGGUACUCCUCGACAUACUGGGGUUGGCGCAGGCGCUCGGGUAACACAAACUCCACGACGCAAGAUUGGCAUCUAA